CGUCCUUGAAUGGUGAAUGACCUAAUCUGAGCAGAUUUGUGUCAAGAGGGUUUUUCCUAGCUAAAUUUACCCCCUAUCAACUGGUGUCAGAUUACAGGGGCCGAGUGGAAGACAUUUUCAAAAAAGAGGAUCGACGGAGAGAGAAUUACGCUGUUCUAUAAGUGGCAGUGAUCCCAGAAGCCAAGUCUCCCAUGAUGUUUUGAGGAAAAGGAAACACAUCCACCUAUUCCAGUGAUGAACUAGGUUUCACAACUUCUUGUAAAGACACAGGUUGUUCAAGUCAGCAACAGAAAUAGCCCAGUGCCAUAGAAAGACACCGAGAGAAAUAACAGCCACCUUCAACCUUACUGAAACGAAUGAAAUGACACAAGAUGGGGCAUGCCACCUACCACAAUGGGGACUGGAAGAGUGAGGGAUUAGACUGGGUUUUGAAUAGCUGAUAGAAAGAGAGAGAAACCACUACAUAAUAAUGAGUGUCCCACAGAAAAAACACAUAUGGGAGAUGGCUACAGUACAGGAACUGGUGCAGCUUAUACACAGUGACAUGGAAAAGCUCCUGAUCAUUGAUAGCCGCUCGUUCCUGGAGUACAAUACUUGUAACAUAAUCAAUGCAGUGAAUGUCUGCUGCUCCAAGUUGGUGAAGAGAAGACUACAGCAAGAUAAGGUCACUGUGCGAGAGCUGCUGUCACAAGCAUGUGAGUUCGACUUGGACCAAGACUACCAGAUUAUAGUGUACGACCAGUGCACGGAGAACCCAGAGACCCUCACCGAGGACUGCUUUCUGGUGGUGCUGCUCAAGAAAUUGUCCGCUGCAUUUAACAGCGUAAAAAUGUUGAAAGGCGGCUUUCUGGAAUUCCAGGCCACGUUCCCUGCACUAUGUGAGAGCAAAUCGGUGGACCACAAGGGAAUUCAUGCCUCACUGACCUCCAUGUCGCAGCCCUGCUUACCGGUCAGCAACGUAGGACCGACCAGAAUCCUGCCCUUCCUCUACCUUGGCUCCCAGAAUGACGCACUAAGCCAGGAAACAAUGCAGAAAAAUGGGAUAAACUAUGUCCUGAACGUUAGCUUGAACUGUCCAAAACCACCCUUCAUCCAAGAGGGACAUUUCAUACGCAUUCCAGUCAAUGAUAACUACAGUGCUAAGCUGUUACCACAUUUUCAUAAAGCAUUCCAAUAUCUAGAUAAGGUGCGUGAGGCCAAUGGCUGUGUUCUGGUCCACUGUCUGGCUGGCAUAUCGCGUUCACCUACUCUAGCAAUAGCCUACAUUAUGCAGCACUAUUCUAUGACAUCAGAAGAAGCUUACAGGUAUGUGAAGGACAAGAGACCAACCAUCUCACCAAAUUUCAAUUUUCUCGGUCAGCUGUUGGAAUAUGAGAAGCAGAUGAAAAGAUACUGUUCCCCUCUGGUGACACCAUUACCCUUUCCACCCACUGCCACGCCUACCCCUACAAACCAGGAUAGUCCGCUCAGCUGGCCAAACCCUAAGACAUCCCCCUUCAGCACCAUACAAGAGUCUAGUUCUUUGAAUGCCCAAUCUCCAACAACUGCUUUGGCAAAACUGAACUUUGAUCAGCCGCUUACUCCAGAGGCUGCUCCUUCUAAAUCAUCGGAGACCUCUGUAUCGCCAUUUUUUCCUCCAACAAGGACUCAGUUGCCAAGUCCAAAGAUACCCGCUUUCAAAAGUGCAACUCUACCUGCAUCGAUCGGAUGUAGUCUCAGGGAGCGUCUCAGCUUAACGCGGGUACAGAAGAGGUCCUCAUCGCCUGCCUCAACGUCAUUUGGUUCUAAAACUGCAGAUGAUCUGUCGAUUGGACAUGUCCCUAGCUCAGACAUGAUAUCCUCUUUUCCCACAACAUCUUUAGAUCAACUGAACUUUACUCCCUGUUUUGCUCUGGAUGAAAGCAAGUCCAAGACCUCAGGAAUCAAGAGACCUCAUAGCACAAAUACUGGGAUCUCACAAUUACAGACCGUAGAAUCAAAGUCUGAAUCAGGAAGUGUAACAGGUAAAAGAUCCUGGGGUGUGGGAAUGACAGAAAGUACUACACCAAAGGAGUCAGUGUCACAUGCUUCAGGGACAGACAGAACGACAAUAGCAGCUAAUCCAUCCAGAUCAAAUUCAAAUAAUACAAGUCCAGGCCUCAAAACUACAGGCACCAAGCGACCUCUAGAUUUUGGGAAACCUCUGGAAAGCACACAUGUCAGUGGCACCAAGAGUCCCACUGCUCCUUCUCCUAUGUCCCCUUCUUUAAUAAACACAGGGGACUCCCAGGUGAAACUGAGAUCACCUGAGAAUCGUGCAAAGAGACAGCUAGUCAGGCCUAACAGCAUUGCUUUCUCCACAUACCCUAGUUUUGAUUUAGGCUGUAAUGGAAGCGAUUCCUCAACUUCAAACAGCCCCGAUACGAAGGCACCAAAAAGUAGUAAUAUGGACAUGGAAACAUGCAAAAAGAAACUAUUAUUAGAAAGCAAGAAAUACACCAAUGGUGCCAGUACAAUGCAGACUUUUGCAUCUAAUGUGGCCCUGGAGACAGUGUUGGGAAAAAGCAGGCUCUUUGAGCACUGCCGCAAGUCGCGCAGCUUGGAUGACAUUCUCAGCUCGCCAGAGGAUGAGAGGAAGCACGCAUCAUGCGGUUGUAUAAAGAAAAAAAUGAGCAAAAGCUCUCUUCUUAAAAGUGCAAUGGUUGCUGAUCUAUUUCCCCAGACAAUGGGACUCGAGCAUGUGCAAUGCAGGUGCAGGGGGGCAUCAGACCCCCACCACCAAUCAAAUAGUAGCAUCUCCUCCAGCAGCAGUCAUAACUCGCUGCAUGGUAGUGUAGAAAUAAUACAGGUUUCUUAACAUGUCACUUUCUUUUACUAUUUGUGUUACAUCUCAGGAAUGUAUAUGCUUUUAUGCCACAACCACAGGCAUUCAAAAAAGAGUAAAAAAAUGUGUAAAUGGGUCAAAAUUUUACCUUUGUUGCUGUUCACAUUUGCUAUUUAGGACUAUCAAAUCAGCACUGCAGGAAGAAAGUGACAAUCAUGUCUACAAGAAAGAAGACUGAAUUAGAUCCCUUGACUUUUUCAAGCUUAGUGCUGUGGCAUAUUAGCAUAUUACUGAUACACCUCAUCAGCUGUAAUUAUUGUGAAAUUGAUACCACUCCCCCACAUUGUACAUAACAUCACUCUUUAUCAAUUAUUUACAUAUAUCUUUAUAAAUUAUUGAACAGUAAGUGUGCAGCUUAAAUAAGAGUGACUGCCUUCAUGAAUGAAAUUCAUUUCAAUUCUUGAAUGUUUACAGGUAUGUUUGUGUGGCAUUAAAUCCACAUUAUUUCAUUUCCUUCUACUUUUCCAAUUAUUGAAUGCAGUAGGCACUUGUACAUUUAUACAUUGGUUUGUAAAGAUUCCAGAUUAGUUGUUUCAGUGAAAUGAUAAGCAUUGGUGCUCUCUGAGCAUAUAAGUUUAAGGAUGGUGGAAUUGGAAGGGACCAUAUACAUUUAUACAUACAAGUAUCAGUUGCAUUGCUCCCAAGACCAAGAGGUUUGGCUUGAACAAUGCACUUAAUUUGUGUAUGGGUAUUUCAAUAUAUCCAAGCAUGAAGUAAAUGUGGGAGCAGAAUAGAGACAGGAGACAGAAAUGAAUGGAUCUUGUAAAUACACCACCAUGGCACUGUUGGUUAGAACAGAUGCACAAGAUACUACUAGGGAUUAGAAAUUUUAUUUCCCAUUCAUAUUUUCCCUUAUUUUGAAAAGUUGCAAUACAUAUUGGUGUGUUUUGAUUGAAAGUAAGGAGACACCAUGCAAUGUACUCUCCUCAGAAAUGUUCCAAUUUCGAGAAGAAUUGCACAACAAGCAGGGAAUGAAUAUAUUUGUGGCACAGAAUUGAUUUAUCAUGUUCUUCGCUUCUGGAGAAAAAAAAUUUCCAGUAGGAAGUCAAUGAUAACAUUCUAUUGUUUGCUAAAGAAGAUUCAACUGGAAUCUUUUUGUCAUAUAUUACUUUCAAAGGUUAUUUUAUUAUGAGAUAUAUAUAUAUAUAUAUAUGUAUACAUAUACUGAAGAACAGUUUUUUUCAGUAAAUAUUGUAUGGUUGAAUGGGUGAUUCAAGUGAGAUCUUGAAAGAUUUCUAAAGCCAAGUUGUCAAGGGCAGUAAUUAUUUAACUAGAUAUGCAUAUAACACUGGUAUACCUCAGUCUAGGUGAUAACAUGUACAAAGAAUUCCACGUUUAACUCCUCAGAUUUGUUGUGUUGGUGAAUAUUCCUUCAAAGAUUAAAAAUUUAAUUGUUGUAUAUUUUCUUGUGAAUAAUCCCACUUUGAACCCGAAAAAAAAACUGUAUUCCAAGUGUUGUUUUCCACCCUCUGUGUGUGUUGUGGAGAUACAGCUGCAUGGCUGGGCUGCACUAGACAAUUGUGAUGAUUAGCUGUUACCGCCUUUUAAGCAAUAAUUACAAUAUAUGUGAUACAGAACCUGAGGGUAAUAGAAAGUUAAUGAUUGAAAUACUGUCACAGGCAUAGAAUACACUCAGGUAUAAGGAUGCGUAGGAGCUUCUUAGAAAAACACAAGAGUGGCAGUUUGCUAUAGUCAGAUGUAGUUUGUGUGGCUUCAAUUUCAUGCAUGGUAUUCAGAAUUAAUUUUUUUCAUAUGUUUUGAUUGCAAUUUCAGAGAACACUUGGCUUAGUCAUCAUUAUGUUACUUUUCUUUUUAAAGUGCUUUUCUUUAUAUUUAUUGUUAGCUAGAUAUUGUAACAAUAGUACCGUAAUUUCAUUUUUAAUCCCAACCAAUAGUAAUGUAGAUGGUUCAUAUCUGACUUGGAUUUUUCUUAAGAAUUUUUUUCUGGGAAGGUUAAUGUUAAAAAGAAACAAACAUUUUAGUAUGUUUAGUGUGAGAAGACCAGUGUAUUUCCAUUUAGUUAGUGUAGUUGGCCAUUACAAGCUGCAUGCAGGUGUGUGUAAAUCUCUUCAGUUGCAACUUGAACAUAGAGACUAAAUUCUGUAUCAUUGCAAACACAAUUUUUCUCAUACAACAAUUGAAUUGUAGUAUCAAUUUUCUGUUCAACUGGAUGUGAUAUGUGUGGAUGAAUAGUUGAUAUCUUGUGGUUUAUUCAAUUUUCCAUUUCUCUUUUGUCAGUGGUGUAAAUUUUUGUGAUAUAUUGUGCCGAAUAAAUUGUUAAAAUGAU